GCGCGAAGUGAAUUCAAAGGCCGUCGUCGCCAUGGCGACAAAUGAGGAGCGGUAUGCCCUUGUCAUGGGCAACAGCUUCCCGGAGUUUCGGUUCAAGCCCAAGCAGUUGGACACGGCCAACUGGACUCCUGCACGAUCGAUUCCCAGCUCUGACUUGGACGACUCGCGAAGCGAAGACUCGCGAACGUGCCCUCAUGUGUUGAAAAAUCCAAAACCUGUCAUCAUGCAUCACACGAAAUCCCCCCACCAUCCCUCUCGCCACGAAAAUCCAGUUGCCUUGUACAGCAAUGAGCACAACCCGUCGCCGUUGUCGCUUUCCCGGAAUAUACCGUCAACCCACCCAGCGUCGAAAAAGCCAAGCCGACGCAUGUCAGAGUCCGCGCGGUCGUUUCCACACGUGGUCGAGGCCAAAUCGGCAGCUCUCAUUCACGAUCCAUCGCCUCCCAUCCAUGCGACUUUUAACAACCAGCUGCCCAAUGACGACCUCCAAAUCUACCUCACGAAACUCGGGGGCCGUAAUAUCAUGGAUUUUCUUGUACAUCCAGGUCGCGAACUGUCCAGGCACGUGUCUGGCACCAUGAAAGGCGUGCUGUGUCUCCCCGCUGGCAUCAGCAUCAUCUGCUUUCCGUUUCACGAAGCGUCCAUGCUGUCGCCAACCUUCACGUUUCCCGUGGCGGCGCUGGCUCGCCCAACCGCACUGCUCACCAUGGCGUUUUCGGCCAACCACUCGCGCGACACGUACGAGUUGUUUGCGAUCAACUGCUUGGGCCACUUGGUGCCGCACGGCGUUCUGGAGAACCAGGCGGCAACCCACGACACGUUUGCUGGCCAUCCAUUUGUCGUGCGAUGUCAUGGCAGCGGGCGAGGAUUCUGCAUUUACGCACAGGACGCAGCGGCGAUCGCCAAAAUCAAGUACUCCAUCGUUGUCGACGACAACAUUCCCAGCUUAUCCUUCAUGGCGACGCCCAAACCAGCGCACGUCGCGACAUCCACUUCGCAGCCGCACGCCACCGUGUGUCUCUCGUUUUUUCCACGAUAAUAUGGGACCAACUUGCUGCGGGACAUGUUGACGACGCUUCCACCAGCGCUGGACAAUUGAGCGCGUUGCCAACGAGAGCUGAGCCUUCUUUGUAUUGAAGCGCUUAGGCUAGCAGUCGAGGAAACCCCGUUCCCUGAUAUAUAUACAACACAGUGCCUCCGUGGGCCAUCGAAGUGGUCGACAUGGCUUUUCA